CAGAAGAACCGCCAGGGAGAGAGAGAGAAAUAUAGUAGGAAAAAAAAUCCACCAUCUCGUUUCGGUGUCGUAUAAAUUUCUUCUCCCCUUCCCUCACCAGUGUGGCGGCUUCUCUCCAUUUCUCUGUGAGUCAAGCAGUAAAGUAUGGCGAACGAUGACGCAACGGUUCCGCCAUGGCUAUCGCCGAUGCUUCGAGCUAACUACUUCGCGACUUGCCCCUUUCACGGAGAAUCCACUAAGAGCGAAUGCAAUCUGUUUUGCUUGGACUGUUCCGGAGAUGCCUUUUGCUCGUACUGUUCCAUUCAUCACAAAGACCAUCGUAUCCUCCAGAUUAGACGAUCUUCGUACCAUAAUGUUGUGAAAGUGAAUGAGAUUCAGAAGCACCUUGAUAUCUCCUCUGUUCAGACUUACGUAAUCAACAGUGCUAAAAUCGUCUUCUUAAAUGAGAGGCCUCGGGUUCGAACUGUGAAAGCCACUAAAACUUGCCAGAUCUGUUUCCGUAGCCUCCUUGAUUGUUUCGGCUUCUGUUCUCUCGCUUGCAAGCUUGGAGGUAUUAAGCAUGGAGACGACCCAAAACUGUCCUUCUCUCUCAGUAGGAAUAGUAGCAGAGAGAUGUUCUGUCUCGGAGUCGGUGGGCCCGCAAAGAUCCGCAAAACAGGAAUUAUCGGAGUGGACGAUCACAGCAACACGCCAGGUGUCAUCACAUCUCCAGGGACACCUUCAAUUCAUAGCCACCUGACUUACCCAAAGCAGAGGCGAAGAAAGGGUGUACCUUGCCGAGCUCCUUUCUAGAAAACAAGAAUAUUGUUGGUAAAUGGAAUCUUUACAUAAAUAGUAGCAAGUUUUAUUUUCUUCAAGAAAUUUUGGGAUAUAUGAAUAUAUGAUGAGUAAGCAGCCCAAUUUUACAACA